UUACCCAUACCAAUCCAUACCAACCCAUACGAACUCAUAGCAAGCCAUAUCAAGUGGAGGAUCUACUUACACUCCACACUAACGCCAGGCUACGGCUCCAGGUGGAUGAACUAUCUAUCCACACUACAUAUCGAUAUUAAUCCUCUGUUUUAUGUGGAGCAACUACUCACAUACGUUCCACUCUGAUGACGAUCCACUGUUUCAGGUGGAUGAACUACCCACCCCGCCUAUGAGCGUGCCGGAGCGGGUGCAGCGAGCGGGUUGGAUGAGGUGGAAGCUCUGAGUGUGGAAGACGACCGCUGGGCACACAGGAUGGGGAACUCCAGCAGCAGCAAAAUUAAGGUCCAGCCUCAGAAGCGUGGCGUCCCCUCAGGCAAGGAGGAACUCGAGGAAUGGAUGGCAGCCGAAAAUUUUUCCCGCCUUCCAGCCCCGCGUGGACAAGAGGCUUUCUUCAAGUUCCUACGAGGCGGUUCUUAUGAUGAGCGUGUAAGCAUCACUGACGUCCCUGUGACUGCCUAUGGUAUGGACAAUGCAGCUCGAGGCUACCAGUUCUGGCUCAAAACAGAGGGCGUUAACCUGAAGAGUCUGUUCGAAACUUAUAUCGUCGAGGAGGACACCAAGCUCGAUGAAGCCACUGAACCCUAUGGUGAAUUGGAGAAGAAGAAAGAGAAAGCGAGUGAGGUAGACGACUACGUCAAAGUAUUGAAGGCAAAAAUCAAAGUCCCAUUGGAUGAUAAAUAUAAGUUAUUCAAAGAUUUCCUAGAAGAGGAGGCCAAGAAACUGAAAUAGUGCUAACUUUUGUAUUUUAGCUUUUUAUGCCAAGUUGUUUUUUAUAUGAUUUUAUGGAGAUGAAUGAUUUUAUUUUCCAAAUUACGUCUAUGGGUAUGUGGGUAUGCCUAGCUGUUUUGAUAUGAUUUUAUGGAAAUGAAUGAUUUUAUUUUCCUUGCUGUGCUGGCUGCUUUGAAAUGAGUAUGAGUGUUCAGUCCAGCAUGUCCAGUGAUUCUCUGAAAAGGAUGUUCAGAUUUUUAUUAUUGUCCCCCUCACCAAGCCCAGACCAUCAAGUUCUAGGCAUGGAUAUAUGGCUGAACUAAGAUGAACAAAAUAAUUUUAAGGUAAAUACAGGAUACCCAUUACUGUUGUGGAGGCAGUGCAAUGUCAACUUGAAGAAGAGGAAGAACGAUACAUUCCUGUUAUGGCAGUUGUUAUGAAUGUUUGUCUCGCACAGCAGAUACAGUGAGCCAUUCCUUACACAUUCCUGUCGAUUCCUUGUUGUCUUUUAGCAACUUAAUUUUCUCAAAUAUUGUACUUAGCCUGUCAGGCAUGGAUAUGUGUCACAAAAUAUAUUCUCUUAGGAGGUGUGUAUUGUUAUACAAACAUAUUUACCAAAUUAUUAGGUGAAGGAGGCAAUGUCUUCAAUAUAGUGAGGAAUUAUAACUUUUUAAAAUCUGUUCUUCUACAUGAGAGGUAAUUACAAUACAUUGAUAUAUAAUAAAUAGAAUACUUGUGCCUGCCUCCAAAAGGUAAGAAUCCUUUUUAUUAUACUUGUCUCAUAUUGUGACACAUUCAGAUUAUUGAAAUUUUAAAAUCCCUGGUACAUGUUCCACAUUUUGGGAGGAUUUAUUUUGCAUUUUUCUUUUUUUUUUUUUUUUUUUUUUUUUUUAAGUACUGUAGAUGAACGUGGUGUAAAGUUUUGUAAAGUUGGUGUCUCAAAUAUAUCCAGAAGUUAACACAUAAAUUAAUAGGUUCAUACUUUUGUUGUUUCUGUGUAAGGUCACAUUUGAAAAGUCUUCACUCUGUAUGUAUAGUAUUUCUUUUAAAUAUUUUACUGUAAAAACUCAUGGCAAUAGUUUAAAUAUUGUGCAUGAAGUUAAUAUUUUUAAAAAUAUUUUGUUAUACUGUACACUCCACAAAGAUAUUUUGAUUUCUUUUUAGGGCAUAUUGUUUGUAAUUGUGUAAUUUAAUUUGUCAUGUAGGAUAUCGGUAAAAUUGGGAAUGUUGUGAUAAACAAUUCCAUUCUCAAGACAGUGGAACACAGAUUAAGUGCAAUUGAAAGUACCAUAAGUAGAAAAUAUAAGUGGGAAAUAUUCUUGCCAGCUAAAAUGGCUUUGUUUAAUAGUAUAUAAGGACUGUCCUGGUACUUAAAAGAGGAAAAGAUUGUUUUCUCUUUUUUUUCUUGUUUUUUUGUAUAGAAAUAUCCUUGUCUAUUAAAAAUAUGUUUUGAAAUUUGCAAAUAUUUUUUGUAUAUGGUUUUGUUUUGUUUGUCUUUACAUUAUUUUGUUUAGAUCUUUUUUUUUUUGUUGCGUUAUUUUACUAUUGUAUUUUUUUUUUUUUUACUUGUUAGAGAUUUAAGGAUUCCAAUAUUUGUUGAUUGUUAUGCCAGCAUUAUUAUUUAUGAAGAAAAUGUAUGGUGCUAAUGUAGAUAACAAAGAAAUGUUUUCUUUUGUACUAUAUGAGCUGUUUCUGAAUAGACCACCGUGAUUUUUUAA